AUGCAGUUCUCUAAGAUCACCAUUCUUCUCACCGCUGCCGUCAUGUACGCCGCCGGCGUCAGCGCGUCUUGCCAACAGAUCAAGUGCGACAAGACCUGCGGCUCAGGCGGUGCUAAGAAGAACUUCUGCGGUUCCAUCCAAUGCAACGAUCUCAACAGGGUUAUGAAGAUUGCGAGAAAGACCACUGGCAACUGGCUUGCUUUCUGA